AUGUCAACCAGCACUCAUGAGUUCAUAUUAGAAGGAAAAGAUGACCCUUCAGGAGGACUUUGCAUCACCUUAAAGCAGUUAGGAAAAAAUGCCAAUGAGACCACAUUAGGCUGCCCUUCAAUCCUAACUCAAACAUACAGGAAGGAUUGGCACAAUGGAGAGCAGAAGCAGAACAAUGAAACCAUAAUCAAAGAACCUCAUGGGCAGGCGUUCUUGGCUAAAAGCGAGUAUCGGUGUUACUGUUUCACAAUGGGAUUGCUGAAAGUGACAGAGGUAGUUGAUGGCCAACAGAUGGGUACCUAA